CGAGGACAGCCCCGUGCAGAAGCAUGCAUGGUAGGACUUUCCUUCGGACGCGCACCGUCUGCUCCCUCGAGGCACUCAUACACUUCGCGGAAAAACCAUCAUAUCGGCUUCCCAGAUGCACCAUCACCACGAAUGGUAACAGGUACCGCAUUGCAGGUCCUAGGUCUCACCACUUCGCCCUGAGAUGCGGCCUGUUGAGGCUGUACAGCACGUCUUCCUCGACUUCGAACGCGUCUGCUGGGUAUUCUUGGGUACCUGCUAAUAGCCGCAGCGACCGGGACCCUCCAGAGCUUGUCUUGUCUGACGCGCAGAGGCGAACAAUCUACGCGCUAUCGACCCCUCCUGGCAAGGCAGGCGUCGCGGUUAUCCGCAUAUCUGGUCCGGACGCGUUGAAGGUCUGGUCAGGUAUGGUGCGGACACGUGCUGCAGGGAAAGGGAAAGCUCGGGAACGCGAGCCGGAACCGUGGAGGAUGCACCGCUGCAGCGUCGUGCACCCGGGGUCUAGCGAGGUGUUGGACGAUGGCCUUGCCGUGUUCUUCCAGGGGCCUAAAUCGUUCACUACGGAAGAUGUGCUUGAGUUGCAUGUACACUCUGGACGCGCCAUUAUAUCCUCGGUGCUCAAUGCCAUCUCGUUCUUCCCAUUUUGUCGUCCUGCCGAGCGCGGAGAAUUCACACGACGUGCCUUCGAGGGCGGUCGCCUUGACCUCACACAAGUAGAAGGUUUGAGAGACCUCAUCGACGCCGAGACUGAGAGUCAGCGUAAGCUUGCAUUGAAAACAGCUGGGGGCGCCACGAGGGCACGCCUUGAGGAACUUCGUAACGAGAUCAUACAAUGUCUAGCACUUGUGGAAGCCCUGAUUGAUUUCGGAGAAGGAGAGGACAUUGAGGAGGGAGUGUUCGAUCAAGCUAGAAUACGGGUUCUCAAACUGCGAGACACCAUACAGCAUCACCUCUCGGACAAUCGCAGAGGCGAGAUCAUGCGGUCCGGUAUCCGCUUAGCCAUCUUUGGGCCCCCGAAUGCUGGCAAGAGCAGUCUUCUGAACUUUUUAGCACAACGCGAAGCGGCUAUAGUGACACCCAUACCGGGGACCACACGAGAUAUCCUCGAGCUCUCCCUCGACAUCAGUGGCUUGCCAGUGAUAAUUGCUGACACAGCUGGUUUGCGCAAGACCGAUGAUAUCGUAGAGCAGAUUGGGGUUGAACGUGCAAAGCAGCUUGUCCAAUCUGCAGACGUCUCCCUCUGCGUGCUCUCAGCGCCGGAAGUGGUCGUCAGCUCUGCGGCGUCCGGCACCCCUCUUAACAUUCCCCCCACUGUUGUGCCACUCAUGAAAGACGACACGAUUGUUCUAUUGAACAAGGUCGACCUUCUCCCCUCCUCCCUAUCACUACCGAGCGCACCUGCCCAAGCGACUUGGGGUGUCAGCCUAAGCACCGGCCAAGGUACACAGACGUUUCUGGAACAGUUCGGAGAGAUACUCAUAACAUCAUUUAGGUACCACAUAUUGCGAGACAGUGGAGUUAGUGCAGAAGAACCCCUGAUCACUCAUGCCCGACAUCGUUGCCACUUGGAGAAUGCAUUAAAAUUUCUUGAAGCUUUCCUCAACACACCUCCCGAAGAAGUAGUUUUUGCAGCUGAAGAGCUCCGCUAUGCCGCUCAGGCGAUCGGGAAGAUUUCCGGCCUCAUCGACGUGGAAGACAUUCUUGACGCUGUUUUUCGUGACUUCUGCAUCGGGAAGUGA